AUGGCUGGCUGGCCAACGCAAAGAAACAUGUGGCAAACAGGCGACUCUGCCGAGAAGGCAGCUGACGAGGAGAAUGACGAGGUCCUCUGCCGGCCGCCUCGCGUAUCGACAGCAACGGAAGCAGGCUCUUGGCAAUAUUCGGAAGAUGCCUUAGCAAAGACUGUCGAGUGCAGCAGGCUCGUGACACCGGGGCGGCGAUUGUUGGUGCUGUUAGACGAGGCCGGUCGGGCUUUCACCGGUUACAAGGAUGAUUGCACUGCACCGCAGGGGUUGGAGAGCUACCAUGUCGUCCGCUGGCUACAUGACUGGCGGAUGAAUCGAGAGGGAAAACUCGACGAAGACGAGCUGAUUUGGGCUCUGACGGGGAAACAAACCCGCUUCUCUGGCACCCUUGUGCAGAUGAUCAGCAACAUGAAACUAGCCCAGGACAAGCUGCUCCGUCAAUAUGCAUUGGCUGAGAAGCUGUACGGAAGUUUGGGUGCCAUCCGCGCUGUUGCAUCGAGUGUCGAGAUCAGAAGCAAUAUACAAGACCAUUUGCUGCUAUCCUCCGGCAAACGAGGUGCCCAAAGGAUGGGAGCCACUGAAGAAGUACCAAAAGCUCAAGACCAAGCAGGAAAGGCUCACACGCAAAUUUCAACAGGAUCAGAAAACUGUCUCGUUCGUGACAGGACGCAAAUCGAGUUUGACCGCUGGAGCGAGGAUGUCGCCGCCAAGAAGGAAACAUGGGCUGCCAUGAAGGCCAAACGGAAAGCUGCUGAAUGA